AUGUCUUGGCUUGUUCAAAAUAGCAUUCGAAACACUUGGUUACGCCUUAAACCUUCGGCUUCUAUCGCUCUUUCCUCUCGGUUUAUCGAGAAUCUCUCUACAGUUUCGGAACGAUUACCUGAAACCCUUGAUGAAUCUUCACACUCGGAAGAAAUAUGGAAUGUUAUUGUAGGUAGUGUCGGUGAUAGAGUCAGUGAAGAAGAGGUUUUUCAUCGUCUAUCAAACGAUGAGAUAUGUAACAGAGUAAAUCUCUCUGAUGGUUUAGUUCAUAAGUUGCUUCAUAGGUUUAGAGAUGAUUGGAAAUCUGCGCUUGGUGUUUUGAAAUGGGCUGAAUCUUGUAAAGGGCACAAACAUUCGAGUGAUUGUUAUGAUAUGGCGGUGGAUAUACUCGGAAAGGCGAAGAAAUGGGAUCGAAUGAAUGAGUUUGUGGAGAGAAUGAGAGGAGAUAAAGUUGUCACCUUGAAUACAAUUGCUAAGAUCAUGAGGAGAUUUGCUGGUGCAGGGGAAUGGGAAGAAGCUGUCAAAGUAUUUGAUAGAUUAGGUGAGUUUGGUUUGGAGAAGAACACGGAAUCGAUGAAUUUACUGCUCGAUACGCUUUGUAAGGAGAAAAGAGUGGAACAGGCUCGAGCGAUUUUGUUGGAGCUUAAGUCACACAUUACACCGGAUGUGUAUACGUUUAAUAUCUUCAUUCACGGUUGGUGUAAGGCGAAUAGAGUCGAGGAAGCUCUUUGGACGAUCCAAGAGAUGAAAGGUCACGGUUUUCGUCCUUGUGUUAUUAGCUAUACGACGAUUAUAAGGUGUUAUUGCCAACAAUCUGAGUUUAUCAAGGUCUAUGAGAUGCUAAGUGAAAUGGAAGCUAAUGGAUCUCCUCCGAAUUCUGUUACUUACACGACUAUAAUGUCUUCUCUUAAUGCUCAGAAAGAGUUUGAGGAGUCUUUGCGAGUAGCUGCAAGAAUGAAGAGAUCCGGUUGUGUACCCGAUACUCUUUUCUACAACUGUUUGAUACACACGCUUGCUCGAGCUGGUCAGUUAGAAGAAGCUGAGCGGGUUUUCAGAGUUGAGAUGCCUGAGCUUGGUGUUUCGAUUAAUACAUCUACCUAUAACUCCAUGAUUGCUAUGUAUUGCCAUCACGACGAGGAAGAUAAGGGGGUUGAGCUGCUCAAGGAAAUGGAAAGUUCGAAGCUUUGUAAUCCCGAUGUUCAUACGUAUCAUCCGUUGCUGAGAUCUUGUUUUAAGAGAGGAGAUGUUGUUGAGGUUGGGAGAUUAUUGAAAGAAAUGGUGACUAAACAUCAACUAAGCCUCGAUGAAUCGACUUAUACUUUUCUGAUACAGAGGUUCUGCAGAGCUAAUAUAUGCGAGUGGGCGUAUUGCCUUUUCGAAGAGAUGAUUAGCCAAGAUAUCACGCCGAGGCACCGGACUUGUUUGUUGCUCUUGGAAGAGGUCAAGAAGAAGAAUAUGCACGAAUCCGUCGAGAGAAUCGAACAUAUCAUGAAGACUGUUAAACUAACUGCUCCUGUAAAGAGAGGCUAA